AUGGCGAUGGCGGCGGCGCUGAUGGUGGCGGUUGCGGUGCUGGGGCUCGCCACCGGCGGCCAGGCGCAGCUGCAGUACGGGUUCUACAAGGGGAAGUGCGGCGCCGGCGACGUGGAGGCCGCCGUGCAGGGCGUCGUGCGUGCGCGCUUCGCGCGGGAAGCCCCCAUCGUCGCCUACCUCCUGCGCAUGCAGUUCCACGAGUGCGCCGUCAAUGGCUGCGACGGCGGGCUGCUGAUCGACGGCCCCGGCACGGAGAAGACGGCGGCGCCGAACCUGAGCGUGAAGGGGUACGACCUCAUCGCCGACGUCAAGGCGGAGCUGGAGAGGCGGUGCCCCGGGGUGGUGUCCUGCUCCGACAUCCAGAUCCUCGCCACCAGGGACGCCGUCGCGCUGGCUGGCGGGGAGGCGUACCCCGUGCGCACGGGGCGGAGGGACCGCCGCCAGUCCAGGGCCUCCGACGUGGUCCUGCCCGCGCCGGAGAACACGGCGGCGCAGUCCGUCGCGUUCUUCGGCAAGCUCGGGCUGAGCCCGUUCGACACGGUGCUCCUCCUCGGCGCGCACACGGUGGGCGCGACGCACUGCGGCGUGAUCAAGAACAGCCGGCUGUACAAGUACGGCGGCCGCGCCGGCGCGACGGACCCGUCGCUGGACCCGUACUACGCGUUCGUCUACAAGACGUGGGUGUGCCCCGACACGCCGGCCUCCGACAACAACGUCGUCUUCCUCGACGACCAGUGGAGCGCGGUGCAGGUGGACAACAACUACUUCAAGCUGCUGCAGCGCCGCCGCGGCGUGCUCGCCGCCGACCAGAACCUCUACAGCGACGGCUCCACCAAGUGGAUCGUCGACCUGCUGGCUAACUCCGACCAGUUCCACUUGCUGUUCCCACAGGCUCUCAUCAAGCUCGGCGAGGUGGGCGUGCUCACCGGCGCGCAGGGAGAGGUCCGCAGGUUCUGCAACAGGUUCAACUGA